GGGGGCCCCUCUGUGGCGGGCUGGGGGCCCUGGGGUCUCCCGCUGCUGCUGCAGCGCUGCUGCCGCGCAGCAGCAAGAACAGCAGCAGCAACUGCAGCAGAAACAGCAGCAGCCCCUGCAGCGGCGAGUCCAGCAGCAACAGGAGCAGCAACAGCAGCAGCAACUGCAGCAGCAGCAGCAGCAGCGGCAAGGGUUUGCAACAGCUAGCUUCGGGCCCCUCGGGCUGCUGCCAUCAGUGCAGCAGGCGCUGCAGCAGUGGGGCAUUCUGCGAGGCAGCAGCAUGCAAGCUGCUGCGCUGCCGCUGCUGCUGCAGGGCCAAAGUCUCUGCAUAGCAGCAGAAACAGGCAGCGGCAAGACUUUGGCCUACGUGGUGGCCCUGGUGCAGCGGCUGCUCGUGCUGCAGCAGCAGCAGCAGCAGCAGACG